AACGAGACUUGAGCCUAAACUGUCCCCCGCAUCCCCUUCCAGGCCGAGGAGAUGGUGGACAUGGUGCGGAACGCCUUCAAGAGGAACCUGAAGCGGCUCGACUGGAUGGACGAGGAGACGAGGGUCGCCGCCAUGCAGAAGGCGGACGCCAUCACGAAGAUGAUCGGGUACCCGGACUACAUCCUCGUCGCCACCGAGCUCGACAAAAAGUACGAGGACCUCAAGUUCAAAGAGGACGAGUACUUCAAUAACAACGUCGAGCUGAGCCGGUUCAACUUACGAGCGAACCUCAAGAAGCUCGAUGAGCCCGUCAACAAGACCAGGUGGAGUAUGACGCCGCCAACGGUCAACGCCUUCUACACGCCCACCAAGAACCAGAUCGCCAUCCCGUACGGCAUUCUACAGCCGCCCUUCUACGACACCCGGACGCAGAACGCGCUGAACUACGGCGCCAUGGGGGUCAUCAUGGGGCACGAGCUGACGCACGCCUUUGACGACCAGGGUCGCGAGUACGAUGCCACCGGCAACCUGCACAACUGGUGGAACAACCAGACGAUCGACCGUUUCAAGAAUCGGACCACUUGUUUGGUCAACCAGUACUCAGCAUUCAACGUCAACAAAAAGGCCGUCAACGGCAACCUCACACUGGGUGAGAACAUAGCAGACAAUGGCGGACUGAAGGCGGCCUUCCACGCGUACGAGACCUGGGCCGUGCAGAACCCCGGCGAGCAGUCCCUGCCCGGCCUUAAUCUCUCCCAGAAGCAGCUCUUCUUCGUGGCCUUUGCUCAGGUGUGGUGCUCGGCCAGUACGCAGGAGGCGGCCAAGCUGCAACUAGAGAAAGACCCGCACGCCCCGUCCAAACACCGCGUCCUGGGCCCGCUAUCCAAUAUGGACGAGUUCUCCAAGGUUUGGCAGUGCAAGCCGGGCUCCGCCAUGAACCCCGUGAACAAGUGCGAGGUGUGGUGAUUCUCCCGCCGUGACGUCAGAUGAAACCCCAAGCCUCGCCGCGAGCUUCAGAUGUCGCCGUUGAGAUGGAGCUCGCUGGUCGAAGCUGCUGCCACGACAGCAGAACGUUCAGCGCGCAUUGGAUGAGAUACGUGAGGGAGUGACCGAGGGCGAGCGAGCCACGGACAGAGCAGAACGGCUGCGGUGUAUCUCUAGUCAUUUACGGUAUGUUACUCGGAGAAAUGACUGUGACUGCGGCAGUGACCGCGGUAUUGGCGGUGACACCGGAGCCCCAGUCCAGCAUACCAUUGAACAUUUUAGCACAGUGCGAGUUUGAAAAGUAAAUCGACCUUAAAUUUUUAUUGGCAUUUGAAAAAUGCUCCGAGGGACAAAUACCUGUCAAACCGACGUCGGAUUUCUAAAGACCAAUAUGGUUUUCGCAUUUCGCACCGGCUCCGCCUCCUUCGUACUUUAAAGCAGAGAUGAGCUGCUUUUACAUCCAACUGCCUGGAAGUCGUAGAAAACGUUUUGCACAAAAGGAUGUGGAUGGACAAAAGAUAAAUCGUUUUUCAUUUAUAGAGCAUAUCUUUCUACGAAAAUUAUGUGUGAUAUACUUUAUAAUUGCUUAAUGUACAAACUAAUUUUAAUGUGUACGCUACCAGCAAGUACAGUAUUUUUUGGUAAGAUAAAUUCUAGGAAAAUAUUCAGUCUUCAAAAUAGUAUGUACCAGUUGGUGUCGAUUUUAUAACAUAGGUUGGUUUGGAGAAGAAAAAGAGGAAAAAGUAGAAGUGACGAAUCAGCCGUUGGGCUAGUCUUGUUUUGUACCUAUAUGUAUCUUUGAGAUAACAAGAGGCGUCUUUUGGACCUAUUUUAUCUAUUUUUAUUAGAUUCGAAAUUACAUGAUUAUUCCACUAAGAGAAUCUAUAUUAAGAUGUUGUCAUGAUGUUAUGGAACGUCUGUUACCAUUAUUGUUUCAUAAUUUUCGUUGCAGGAUAACCAAAUUUAGACUUCAAAAUCCGACGAAAGUCGUUAUCCCGCCUAUGUGCCAAUAGUAUUAUCUACUUUAAGUUUCAUCCCUUUGUAAUAUUUAAAUUAUAGCUAUUCGAUUGCUUGUAGCCAUAUAUCGUUUUGCGGACUGUGAUUUGACUUUAGUUAUGUGUCGAUGCAAUGUGGUGCUGUAGUCGUGGAAUAGGUAACGCAAAAGAUUUUGAUGUACGUAAAAUGGUCUAGAAGAGAUAUCUAUUUUUGUUUUUUUGGAAACAAAGUCUUAGCUGCGGCCAUAUUUGCGGUUUAAGGGCUCUGUAGAGCUGGCCGUGCCGACGUGCAGACCGAGGCCGGAGCGAUCCGACACAUUCCCUACACCUUAUUGUGAUGGCAUUCGGAACAGACACAUAUCGAUGACCUUAUGGCCAUUUCGCCUAAACCUCUGGGACCACCGAAGGUACACGAAACGAGUAAUCUAAAGUGAGGACUUUUUUCGGCCCACUAGCAUUUCACAGAAUGGAGUACAUUUAGAAACGAGUUACCGACGCGACUUUUUCCUGUGAUUUAAUACCCUAGAUCCUUGCUUUACAUACUGCCAACGCGUUGGACGUAUGCUUAGGUUGUCACAUGCUUUACGAUUCAGUGUUACUUCGUAUUUGAUAUUCUUUCAAUCAGUCAAUCGUAUUAUUGUAUAAGUGCCUUGUGUAAUAACUUCGUUCAGAUCAUCAAGAAUACCAAUUUAAACUUCCUGUCUUUCGUUAUUUUUGUAUGAAUCAAAGUCGUAUACAACUACUUUUAAAUGUAAAAACAACUAGUUCACCUUUCCUUAUUUUCUCUUAAACAAAAUCGAGCGAUAACUUGUGAAUUCCAUAGUUACAUGAUGCCAAAGAUAAUGUUCCUUUCGUAUUUGAUUUAUUCGUAUAAGAAAUAAACGAAUUCCAGUGAUAAUCAA